AUGAAUGCUGAUCUGGUGGGGACCAUAGCAAGGGAAGCUCUUGAAGUGGCAAAGGACCCCCCACCAGAAGUGACUAAGCAGGUCCUCACUGCUGGUCAGAAUAUCAUUGAGAAGCAGAUCUUGCUGACCGGGCAAGAUCCCAUCAGCAAAGACGAGGCCGCGUCCAAGACAGUGGAGAAAGCCACUGCCAGCGGGACAUCUCCUGCCGCCAAGACAUCGCGGCUGUCCCCAGAGUCUGAGGCGGUGCUGCUGACACUCUUUGGGGUCCAGGACACUCUGGGCAGGGAGGACGCCCAAGUGCUGGCGAAUCAGGCAGGGUGCUCAGAGUCGCAGGUGCGCGAGUACUUCACCAAGCUGCGCAGCAACGUACGCGCCUUCAUGCAGAAACUGCAGCGCAAGGUCUCCGCAGCGGAGGCGCCAUCUGCAGCGGCCGACCUCCUCACAUCCAGUCCCACAGCACCCCAGCUCCCUCUGUCUGGCAGCAGCGCUCCUGCUGCGCUGGGUGGCACACCAGCCGCCCCGCCGAUGCACCCUCAAUUCACCCCUCAGUCAGCUGCUCAGUCGGCCCCGGCGCUGUCUGCCACAGCCAACGGGGGUUCCAGCGCAAGUCUGCAGCCGUCAGUGGCGGCCGCCGGGUUCCCUCAGUCGCAGGCGGCCACCCCCGCGCGGCCCGCGGGUGCCGGCCAGCCGCACGCCUCCCCGAUGACGGCGACAGACCUCCGGACGAUGCUCACAAACGCCGCCUCUGCCUCCUCUGCCUCUGCAUCCCUUGCGGAGGAGGCUGUGGCUGCUGCGGUGGCAGGCACGUCCAUGGUUGAGUUGGAAAGCCUGGAUGCGGCCAGGAAGGCUGGCCUGGUUGAGCUGCAGCGGUACCUGGACGAAAAUGGCGGCGUAGCCUCUGCCAAACAUGCAGGGCCAGUGGCGUUGCUGAUGGCGCGGGCGGCGAGUGCAGAGGUGCGCGAGGCGCUGCUGCAUGCGCUGAUGCGCACGGCCUCGUCGCAGGUUCUGGCGCAGCUGGCCGGCAGCGGCCGCGCUCUUGACACCCUCGACGACUGGGCCGGGUGGGCGGAGCAGGACAAGCAGAGCACGGUGCUGCGGCUGCUGCUGAGCGUGCUGCAGCGCCUGCCCGUGCCCAUCGCCCUGCUCAAGAACAGCAGCCUGCAGAAGACCAUCGGCCGCCUCCAAAAGUACAGGACGCGCUGCAUUGCCACGGCAGCAACAGCUUUAUUGUCACACUGGUACCAUCUGGAGCAGCCAAUAUUCCAGGCGGCUGCUGCUCCCAUGCGGCCUCCCCCGCCUCCUGUGCGGGUUUCUGCACCUGCUCAGCCGGUCACCACUGGCCACCCAGAGAGCGCCGCGCCGCAAUGGCUGGCCUCUGUGCAGCUGCAGGUCUUCAAACCAGGGACGCCCGUCUCUGCUGGGCGCCAACCACCCCAGCAGCUGAGUGCGCCAGCUCCGGCGCCUGUGCAAAUGGCUUUCCAGCAGAGCCACGGUCAGGCGGAGCUGCUGAAGCCAUCAAACACAUUCUACCGCGGCAUGGCCGGCAGACUGGGGAGCUUGGACAAGUCAGAACAGGCCCAGUCUCCCAGGAAGGUCUUGUCAGCAGACGAGAUUGUGAGGGCCAAGGAGAAGGAGCGCAGCCGGCUGGCGGGCGCUGCCGGGCUGAGCGGCCGGCCCGGGCCGUCCAAGAGCUCGCGUCUGGACAACAACUCUCUACUGGAUGUCGCCGCCAAGCGCCGAGCAAACCUCCGCCCCAGUAGCCCUCACCUUCUGCCCUCCCAGGGGCGCACUCCGCAUGCAGUGCCGCCCGCCCAUCAGCAGGGGCUUGUUGGCAACCCACAGCAGCCACAGCUGCAGCAGCAGCCGUGGCAGUUGCCGCAGCAGCCGCAGUUGCAGCGGCAGCCUGGACACAUGCCGCACGCCGGCGCCAGUGCGCAGCCACAGCUGCCGGCCGCGAGCCACCACUCGCCUGUUGCAUUGUCGCGCGCCGUGCAGUACCGGCCGCCCCAGCAGCCCCAGCAGGCCGCGCAGGGACCUGCGCAGCAGCCGCAGCCGCGGCAGGAGGCACCUGAGUGGAGGCCGAACGUGGCGUGGACGGCCCCGCAAUCCGUGCAGGCGUUGCAGCGGGAGCGGCCGGGCAGCGGGGAGGAGAGCGAGGAGGCCGCCACGCAGCGCGCUUGCAACAUGCAGCAGCCUGGGGUCUCUUACAGAGCGCCAGAGCUCAUUCCAGCAAGUCCGGCCGAACCAGAGGGAGGUGGGCAGGAUGUGGGUGCAGGCAAGCCGGCCAAGCUUGUCCCCAUACUGCCCACCGAUCUAAUUGAGCAAGCACAGCAGCUGCAGGCCUUGCAAGAUGCAGGCUUUCCUGUGGAUUUGCUGCUGGGCUUGUGA